AUGAGGACAGAGAUCAAGACGUGGCUCGACCGUCUUCGCCGCAUCGCCGAAGAGCUGGAUUGGCCGGCUGCGAUGAGACCGCUGCAGUCCUUCACGAGGCUUCGCGCUCCGCUACGGGCGGCCAUCGGAGCUCGGCUACGUGGACUGAGCUGUGGCCUCCAGCGCGUGUCGAACACUUUGGCCGAUGCCGCCGCCCUCGACCAAGCGGCCGAGAAGGAGCCAGGAGUGUCGGCCUGGAUCCGGCGGGUUUCUUCCAUGCGCUUCGGUGCACGAGUCCUGCAGCGUGCGAAGAAGAACCUGCCAGAUGAGGGAGACGGCAACACAGAACAGGAGCGCUGGGGCCACGACCUGCGCGCGCUUUCCACCUUGUCCCUGGCUGGCGGAGAAAAGGACCUGCCGCGAUGUUUUCUCACCGGCACGACCUUUCUGGAGCAGCUCCAGGAGAGCGCAAGUCUCAUCAGCGAGCUUGAGAAGCUCCACCCAGAGGAGGCGGUCUACGCGAUAGGCUGCGUGGGCAUCCUGAUCCGCUGCCGCCGCAGCGAUGCCUCUGAUGUUGAGCCCUGGCUCCUUGUUGUGGAGCAUGUCUCGACGACCUGGGCCAGCUCCGCCUGUGCCGCCUUGGCUCUGGAGUCCGAGCCUCUCAGAGACGCGGCCGGGGAGUUGGCCCCUGAUGUGGCUGUCCUCGACCUCGACGGCUCGGAUGCAUACCGCUGGUUCACGAACUCCACCUUGUACAAGAGAUACAUGGCCAUGGUCUUUGCUCGCAACUCGCUGUGCCAAGUCCCAGGCCAAGGCCUGGUUCUGCCAGUUCUUGUUUGGGUGAAGACUGCCGAGCUGCUGAUCAAUCGCCCAGUCAAAGAGGGCCAAGAGAUGUCCCGCGAGGAGGCAGAUUGGUUUCGUGAGAUGCUCGCCGUCCACUUGGCGGCGGCCUCUGCCACGCGCCGCGCCCUUCAGAAGAGGGGAGGCUCUGUUGACACCCUGGCCGCUGCUCUUGCUGCACCCGACCCAUCUGCCGGACUGCUAACUGAAGCAGAUGGUGGUCCCCAGUCGGUUUGCCUGGCCCUGGCCGCCAUUUGCUUCAGCGAAAAGGCGAAGCCUUUGUGGGGCAAGAGAGGUUUGGAGAGAGCCAACUCUCUGUCCUUGCAGCGUGCGCCAUCCCGGAGCUUAGAGCGCAGCUCCACCGGCGGACUGGAGGAUGCGGCCUCCUGGCCGAAACGACUCCGGCGAUUGGCUCUCGCUAUGCUUGCGGAGGCGGUGUCUCGCGGAUGCCGUCGGCUGGUUCGGUCCCUUUGUACGACCUCCAAGGAGCAGCCUUCUCCGAGC